UCAAAUAUCAGUUCAAGAACAUGGCGAUCCCGUAUGCAGGAGUUCAUCGGAAAUUGAAAGAUGCGGACACGCCGUGGGAGAAGAAGGUGGGCCUUGCCCGCUUUGCCUGGGUCUCGCCCAGGUGCUUCCUGCCCAAUAAAGAACAGGUGCUGAUGGAUUGGGCAGCCAACUCGCUGGCCAACGCACACAAGCUCAGCGUUCCUGACCUCGCUGUUCCCAGACUCUGGCAGUUUCUCCUGGAUGCUCUACGGAGUCAAAGACUGAAGACUAUGGGCAGUCGUGCCGAGGCCUUGUCGCUUAGGCUAAGUUUGUUCCCUGUGAUUCUGAAGUCCCUCUGCAUUGGAACUGCCAACGUUGAGCUGGUCAUUGGAUGCUGCCACUCUCUUCUUGAGUACCCAUCCUUGGGUAGUAUCAUCACUGGUACAUUGGACCACCAGGUGCAGUUUCUGUCUACCGUGGUCUGUCUGUUGACUGACUUCCUGAGGACCCGCUGCGGCAGGACUCCCGUCCUGUUAAAUUCUCUGGUCCAGAGGGCCUUUGCCAGUUUCGCCUCACUGCAGAGACAGCAGCCCAACCCUAGAAAGGUGUUCACGAUUGUCUACGAGAAACUACUGGGGCCAUUAUUGGCACUGCAUCACACUAUCUCUGAUCUGAAUGAAGUAAUGGACGAGUCUUUCAGUGACACACUCAAAUGUAUUCAGGAUUUAAUAGCAAGUGGACUCUUCAACAGAGACCUAGCUGAGGGUCACUCCAAAUAUCUGAGGUCAGUCCCAGGCCAGGUCACCACCGAGAAACAGAGGGAAGUGCGGCUGUUACAAGAGAGCAUUUCCGCCCUCUGGAAAAACAUGGCUGAAAGAACAAGCAACAUUGAUGAGGUCAACGUUUCCUUGUGCUACAUUGCCGGCAUGCCUGUAGUGUUCAGAGCAUUUCUAAGCCUUCAUAAAUACCCCAAUGACGUCUCGUUCGCAAUGCUCCGCAAGCUGUGCUGCGCCAUGGGUCUUAUGCCGGCCCAGGAGCAUGAUGGGAAGGCCAUGACUGGAGUCGAGAACCAACAAACAAGCGUCGCAGAGAAGCCCUUGUUACAGAUUCCGGAACAGAAGAGUGUAUUGGGCAACUGGACCGCGGGUCUUCCUGCCCUGAGCAAACUCCUGAAAGUCUUAUCCGAAAAACAGAUUUAUGAGGUUGCCAGUGAUAACAUGUCUGGUAAAACCCAGUUCAGCUGGCUUCAUGACCUCAUUGGCGGACUUAUCAGCAAUGCCGACAGUUCUCAGUCAGCCUGGUAUGCCAGUCUAAGCACAGCGUUGGACAUGAACCACCUCCUGUUGGAAGAUCAACUCACACCGAUUUUGAAGGAGGCCCUCUAUUGUUCAGAUAAGGCAUGUCUCACUCAGAACACUCAGCGUGAGCGGGAUGAGUUUCUGAAGAAGUUGCUGGGCACCUACACAAAACUGAGACAGUUUGAUCGCGUUGUCUCUGCCAUGCUGGAACUGUGCAAGUCAGCCUCAGCAGAUGGAGAGCACUUUGCUUACCCAACACAGUUCUGCACAAGUUUUUCAGAGAGCGUCCAGCAGUUACCACCUGGCCUCACUCUAGACAUCUGGAAGCAGUUCUUGGACCAAUUCCUGACGAGAUACCUCCCAGAGGGCACUCAGAAUGCCACGACUCUCCCCUCUCCGCCUCCCCGCAAGAAGUCCAAGCCCGGCAGCAACAAGAGGUCAACUAUUGACCUGACUGUCAUUGCCGUGACCUUUGACCUUUUCCUGCGGAGCAUGCGAUUGGUGGACGGCAGCCUGAUGACCGUUCCAUUGUUGAGGAGGGUGGAGGAGCUGAUGACGGAAACCAAAGACGGAGUGCUCGCACCUUUGUUACAUUUGUGCAGUGAAUCAGAGCCUUCAGUUGGACAAGUGUACUCUACACUUCUCCUGUGUUAUGUAUGGGGAGAAUUACAUCUUCUCCUGUGUCAGCACACAAACUACCGCGACAGGCACCCGUUUUCAAAUUCGGAAGAAACAGUGUUGAAUUUUGGGGACUUCUCUUUCGUGCACACGUAUGGGACAUCCAACGAAUGGUCGCGCCUGUGUACAAUGUUUGCUGAAAAGGAAAGGAUACAAUUAUUGCAGGUUUCUCUUGCUGUGCAGCAGAUACGAGCCUUGCUGCUGUUUGGAGAGAUUACAUCAGAUGUGGUGCGGCAAAGUCUAGUCAACAUAGCAACUGCAGUAUGCGACAAAGCAACAAAGGUAAAUAAUCGGGACUCAUCAGGAAAAUCCCUCGUCUCAAUUCUGCUCGACAACAUCCCUUUCCUAUUGCCCUUUCUCCCCGCCCACCAAAUCACCACCCUCGCUAGUCUCCUCUGCAAGACUCUGAUGUCUUCCCACACUGACUUAAAAUCAUCCGGUAGUCUCCAAAACCAGAAGCAAGUUCAGCCAGACAGUCACAGCGACAAGUGCGGAGAUGCGUCAGUGCACAGAAUCUGCGAGGAGUUCGUCAGAAGCGAGUUCUGUGUGGAGUCUAGGCAGCUGCAGAUUGCCUUGGUGACCUCAGUGUUGGGUCAAAUGUCAGAGGUUAUGGGGUCAUUGAGUGCUGGCUCUAAUGCAGACACUCUCCAUAGCCUGAGUGACACAGACGUGAAGUGCACCAGUGACGGAGAUUCAAACACGAUGAAAUUACAAGAAAUCGCCUUGGACGUCAACAAGUUACUUGCCGGAGCUGAGAUGGUCAAGCCGGCUUCUCAUGUCAGCCCAGAUGUUUAUAGAUCUGUGGAGGGAGUGCUGAAGGUCUUACAUCACCUACCACUCCAGCACCUGUUGCCUAGCAACAAGGCCAGAUGCAUGCUGGGACUGCUCGUCGUCGACACCGCCCUCAACAGCAUCUCCCCAAAGAACGCCCCGGGCGCUCCCUACUUUUCUGCACUGUUGCUAUGCCGACAGCUACAGGCAGCCAUUUUGAGGAGUGUCGGCAGCAGCAAGGCCAAAUUUCUCAGUAACAUCGACGCCUGGCGGAUUCUUACUGUCAUGACAAAAGCAUCCGUUGAUGCAAAACAGAAGGUGACCAAGAAAACCGUUGUAGAUUUGGACUCCUCACUGAAUGAUGUCACAGAGGAGCUGCUCACCUAUUGGCUGAAACGACUGAGGCAGCUGCCCAAUCAGGAGGCUGGUUUCAAGGAUUAUUCUCAUAUGGUUGAAUCUAAGCUUGAUGAACUCGACAGGCAUCUUUCUCGCUCCAAGAAUGCCCAGCUAAUCCUCUCCGCAAAUGUCCCGCUUCUAACGGCGGCCACCGCCCUUCUGGGCUCCCUGUUUGUCAGCCGGGGCGCGCUCGGCUCCCUGGGGAGCGAACUGUCGUGUGACCUCGGUCGACGAAUCACGGAGGCGCUUAGCAGUCUGAUGCGGCACGGGCAAGGUGCGAGCGCAUGUCCAAGGCUGCUAAUCUGGCUUGCGAAAGCUGGGACACUUCUCAUGAAGUUUGCUCUCCGGACGGUCAGAACCGACUCUGAAAAUCGAAUCUCAACUGUUAAAUCAGAUGCCGAGUUGGAUUCUGAUGAGGCUGAUGUCAUGGAAACAAACCUUUCCACGGUAUCUGUUGCUACGGAACAGUGGACGGAGGUUCUGAACCCCGUCUUGCAGGAGAUCUGUACUUACUUUGAGCCGACUGGCGAGAAGAGCUGCCCUGUGAUUGGCCCGUGCCUGACGUACAUGCAGACAAGCUGUCUUUUCAUUGGUCGGUGCUGUGACGUGGGCACAAUAGGCAUGGCUACCAGUGACAUGUGGCAGGCAGCGUUAUCACUGAUGGGGACCGGUGUUCAUUUGGAUGAAAGUGUUAUGAACGACUUGACAAGCACCCUGUCAGGAAUCAUUCAAACCAUGGACUUGGUGCAGUUCCGGACAUUGCUGACUGAUCUCCUACGAGACACUGCACUCAAGAGAGAACCGGAUGCUGAGGACUGCCCGCAUCUUCGCGCUGCCUUGGUUGCUUGGCAACUGUUACCAACCAGCUGUGCUGCAUCAGAGGAGAUCCAGGGGGUGCUCGGUGAUGUCAUCCCUCAGGUGAUUUUGAACUUACUAGAAAUUCUAAAAGGUGCUGCAAGCAACUGGACUCUUGGUGGGGCUGUUGCUGUUUCCGUUCUGCAAGCUGUGAGCAGUAUCAUAGGACAAGGAAAGUCUCUUGUUGCACCAAAUGAAGCCAUGCAAGCCCAGCAUUUUGGCCUGAUGGUGCCUGUUGCUAUGGUGACUGCUGCUGACUUCCCAUUGGUCUUCAACACCUUGUGCCAGAUUCUCAGAAGCCUUCUGAUUGGCUAUCCCAGGACUGUGAUGAAAUCAUUGGCCAGCUUCUUCGCCUGUCUACAACAUCUUCUGAAGGCGGUGAUGCACAGAGGCCAGCAGAGCAGGGAUGGCGAUGAGAAACUAAGCGAUCAUGACUUGUACAUAUGUGCAGAGAAUAUGGAAAGACUGCUGACAAUGUUGGCCACCUACAAGAAGGAUAUCAACAAACUUGCCGUCUUUCUGGUCUCGGAUUACAUCGCUGAGCUGCAAAAGGGAACACUGCUUCCACUUUUCAAGAAAGCCUUGGUAACCGGUAUCUACAAUCUUCUGGAUGCCUGUGAUGAGAGGGCUAUUGAUUUCCUCAAUGCCACCCUGCCCAACAAUCUCAGGGAAAUCUUCAAGACGUUCUACUCCGACUUCCAAAAAUACUACAGAUACUCAGGGAAAGUGUGAUCUUACUAUUGCUGCAUCACUUCAAUACUUUUCUUUUUUAAUUGUUCGUCAUCUUCAUUAUUUAUCUUGUGGAGUGCUGUGGCCUUGUACUAGUGGUCCAGUGGUUACGGUGCUCGACUCACAUGCCGUGGUACUUGGGUUCUAACCCUGACGGGGAAUGAGGUGCUUGUGUUCUAGGGCAAGACACUUUACUACAAUUGCCUCUCUCCACCCAGGUAGAGACCAGAAUGCGCUGAUCUCGAGCUGCUGCAAAAACUGGUCUCAUGGCCUGAUGAACAGGGGUAAUAAUUGUGUAGUGCUUUGAAACCUUAUCACGAAUUGCUUCUCCGCACCUAGGAAUGAAUUGGUAUCUCUGAGGGUGCAGAUCAUCCGAGAUUCUAUUUGAAUUAGCCAUUUGCGCCAAGAUUGCAGCAUCAAGCUGAGACGGUCUGAGGACGGUUUUAUGGGCCCAACGAGCUGAUCAGGGUGAUAAAAAUAUAAAAGGCUCAGAUCUUUGUUAAAAGUGCUUUAUAAAGACACAUUGCUAUUCACUAUCUCUUACUGCCUUAAAAACAUGGGAAAGAUUUUAUGAACUUGAUUUUUUUUCCCUUAAAACCCGGGAAAGUUUUAUGAACUUUAGUUUUUUAGUACUUUAAUCCAGUUUUCAAAAAGUAGAUAACAUUUGUGAUUUUUAUUUCAAACCAAACUGAUGAUUGGUCCUACUGAAAAUCGAACAAACUAUAGUUGUUUACUGAAUCAAACCCAUGGGUGAUAUUUAUGAAAAUGAAUUGGUUCAGAACAUUCUAAAA